UCCUCUCUGUGUAUAAAAGACAGAAACCUCCUGUGCUGUGUGUCAUCAGGAGUAAAGACUGAAGAGAGAUACUGCAGGGAGAGCCAGAACCUGUCUACAGCCACAACUAUGAACUCAUCUGCUAUUACCUUCCUCAGCUUCCUGCUUGUCCUCUGUGCUCAAGGACUACCAGACAGCAGAUCCAGAAAAUGCAAGUGCUUAAACGGUUAUAUCGGCAAGGUCAACCCACAGCUCAUCAGCCAGAUCAAGUCAGAGCCAGUCAUACACCACCCAAACAUCUUCUGCCAACAAAUAGAGAUUAUUAUCAUCAUAGGAAAGCAGGAGAAAUGCGUGAAUCCAGAGUCACCAUUCGGAAAAUUUCUUCUCAAAAACAAAAAUAAGCAUGAGAACAAGAGAGCUGCGAUCAUGACGACGACCUCCAGUCAAACAAAUACAUGGAGCUCAACAAGACUCCUCCCCACAGACUCUGCUCCAACGACCAUGUAACAGCACAGAAACCCUGUUGUUGUGAUAUAAGCUUACCUUUGUCAUGUUAUUACUAUAAGUGUUCAAAUGUUCUCAGUGGCCAAUCAUGAGUUCAUGUUCUCAACUUAUAUAUGGUCUACACUACACAUGGCCAAAAGUAUUUGGACAACCUGGCUGCAGGGAUUUGCUCCCACUCAGCAUUCCUGACCAUCCCUAAGGGUUUGGUUGUUGUUGUGCAGGCCGGUCAUCGUGUUCUCCUGCACCACAGGACCACAAACCCAUUUCUCCAUGAGAUCUUUAGGUGGUAGUGGGUGCAGUGUCCUCAAGCUCUCAGUCAGGCUCUAAUAUGGUUACUUUUGGUUUCAAAAACAAAGAUGGUGCCAAAACGGGUGAUGUCAUGGUGGGUUGCCACUUGGCUAGAGCUCAUUGUAGUGAUGCCUAGAGGAUCAUCAGUACUUUGCACAUAGCUUUCAUCUGGGGUCUUUUCUUAGCAUUGCUUCAUAAAACAUUUUGUUAGAAUUAAA